AUGAACGACGACCAGAACCUCACCACAGACCCGGCGCUCAAGGCGGAGGGCCAGCCGGAUUUAUUGCAAUAUUCGCAGGACGCUCCGGCAGGCACAACAACACAGCCUCAAUUACCAAGUUUACAAAAAAACCCCGGGUCUCUUAUGGGCCAGCACCAGUCGCAGCCGCUGUACUAUCCCUCGUCGACGUCGCACUUGCGCGAGGACCACAAAAAGCUGCCGCCGCUCGAGAUGGCCGGCGCGGACUCCAAAUACAUCGCCAACCUGUUCCCCUUUGCGCAGCACUCGUCGUCGCAGCAGGGCGCGUCCGAGUCCGGCAGCUCGAACCCGGCCACGCAGCAGGACAACCCGCUGUUCACGCUGGCGAACUCGGUGCCCUACCAGUCGAUUCCCGGCGGCAAGGCGCAGAAGGAGGACGAGAACUCGAUCGACUGGUCGAGAAAGGCGGCCGAUAUCGCGCUGCGCAUCGACGGCGCGAAGCAGGGGAUCGUGGAGUCCUCGAACGGCGGGCUUCCGUCGCCGCCGGGCAAGUACGGCGGCCAGGGCUCGAGAAAACAGCCCCGGACGUUUGCGUGUCCGUUUUCGGGCUGUGGCAAGACGUUUUCGCGGAAAAUGAACCUCAACUCGCACAUCCAGUCCACCCACGAGCACCGCAAGCCGUUCCAGUGCGACAAGUGCAAGCAGUUCUUUGCGCGCCACAGCGACCGCAGACGCCACGAGACCAACCAGCACAAAAACGACGGCGGGUUUGUGUGCGGCGGAGUGCUCAAGAACGGCGAGGAAUGGGGCUGUGGCAAGAGCUUCAAACGCAAGGACGGUCUCACCGCGCACUGGCGGUCCCAAAAGGCCAAGAAGAAGUGUCUCAGACACAUUACCAAUCCGAGCGAGCUCGAGAUGAUGACCAUGGCCAAGUGA